AUGGCGCGUCCGCUCCGCGUCCUGCUGCUGCUGCUGCUGCUGGUGCCCGGCACGGCGGCGGCUGCAGCGGCCAGUCGGGUCCGGAAGAAGGCCCCCAGGACCCGGGCCUGCACGGACCUGCCGGAGGAGAUCCUGGAGCAGAUGUUCGGCCGGCUCUCGGUGGGAGUGAUGAGCGCCUUCCAUCACGCGUUGCAGCUGGAGCCGCAGGACAAACUGAACCGGAGCUGCCCGGGCACCGCGCGUCCGUCUCCGGCCGAGAGCAAGAGCCGCCUCCCGGUCAACCUGCUCAGCAUCUCCCCCUGGGCCUACAGGCUGUCGUACGACCCCAGCAGGUACCCCCGCUACAUCCCGGAGGCCUACUGCCUGUGUAAGGGCUGCCUGAUGGGAGAGGAGAGCCACCAGUUCCGCAGCACCCCGGUCUACGCUCCCACCGUCAUCCUGAGGCGAACUGGCUCCUGUGUCGGAGGCCGCCAUUCCUACAAUGAGAUCUAUGUCUCUGUGGCCGUGGGCUGCACCUGUGUGCCGCUGCUGCAGAAAGAGAGGGACGCACACAGCAGCAACCAGAGCCUGGAGAGAGCCGGGCCUAAAGCCAGGAGACCGCUCAUGUCUGCAGCCAAGAAAGUGUGAAGAAAGCAGCUUCUGCACCUCAUCCACAUCUGUGUGUUUCCCUUAUC